AUGACUAAUCCACAGCCGGCGUUAGAUCAGGAGGAUACUGUGAUGUUAGUUCCAGAUUCAGAAGAGGUUGUUGAAGGUCCUCAACCUAUGGAAGUCGCACCAGCAGAAGAAGCCGUUAGGGCACAGCCAGUUGAGGAUCCUUCUUCUUCUUCUUCUUCUAUGAAAUUUACCUGGAAGAUUGAGAAUUUUUCGAAGCUGAACACUGAAAAACAUUACUCUGAUGUUUUCACUGUUGGUACUUAUAAUUGGCGUGUGGUGAUGUAUCCCAAGGGCAAAAACAUAGAUCACUUAUCGCUGUACCUUGCUGUUGCGGACUCGGAUAAUUUGCCAUAUGGGUGGAGCAGGUGUGCACAGUUCAACUUGACAGUCGUCAAUCAAGUCCAUCACAAGAUCACAAUGAGAAAACAUUUCCCAGAACACCAAUUUACUGCACGAGAAACUGAGAUGGGUUUUCCAUCGAUCAUGACUCUUAAGUUACUCCACUACCCUACUGCCGGGUAUCUCGUAGAUGAUACUUGUAUAAUUGAAGCAGAGGUUUCUGUCAAGGAUUCUGGAGAAGGAACGGUUUAUGUUGGUCUUGAGAAUCAGGGAGCAACAUGUUAUAUGAACUCUCUUCUCCAGACUCUAUAUCAUAUACCUUAUUUCAGGAAGGCAGUGUACCAUAUGCCAACAACUGAGAAUGAUUUGGCCUCAGGAGGAAGCAUCCCUUUGGCUCUACAGACUUUGUUUUAUAAGCUUCAAUUCGGUAAAAAUAGCGUCUCUACCGAGGAACUCACUAAAUCUUUCGGAUGGAAUACACAAGAGUCUUUCAUGCAACGUGAUGUGAAGGAACUUAGUAGGGUUUUGUGUGAAAAGCUUGAAAUUAGAAUGAAGGGAACUGCUGUGGAGGGUACGAUACAGCACUUGUUCGAAGGUCACCAUAUGAACUACAUUGAAUGUAUCAAUGUGGACUACAAAUCUACUAGAAAGGAGUCAUUUUAUGACAUUCAACUUGAUGUAAAAGGCUGUAGGGAUGUUGUUGCUUCCUUCGACAAGUAUGUCGAAGUGGAGCGUCUUGAAGGUGAUAACAAGUAUCAUGCUGAUCAACAACAUGGUUUACAGGAUGCAAAGAAGGGUGUCCUUUUCAAUGACUUCCCGCCUGUUCUCCAACUCCAGCUCAAACGAUAUGAAUAUGAUUUUAAGCGAGACAUGAUGGUAAAAAUAAAUGAUCGGGAGGAUGGGAAAUACUUAUCUCCAGAUGCUGAUAGAAGAGUUCGCAAUCUUUACACGCUUCAUGGUGUUUUGGUUCACACUGGUGGGGGACAUGGUGGACACUACUAUGCUUAUAUAAGACCAACACACUCAGAGAAAUGGUUGAUGAGCGGGUAA